CGCUGGGUCGCGUGGCCCGGGUGCUUCGUGGAGAAGACGAGCGAGGAGGGCGUGCGCCAGCGUUUAGAAGAGGAGUACAACUGCCACCCCGUCUUCCUCGAUCGCGCCGUCGAGGAGCUCUUCUACGCGCGCUUCUGCCACGGCGUGCUCUGGCCCCUGUUCCACUGCAUCCCGAUGAUGACCCGCGACGCGACGCUCGUGGGCGCCCGGGCGACGGACCAGUACGAGGCUUAUUUGUCCGUGAACCAGCUCUACCUCGAGGCCGUCGCCGCGGAGUACGUCGAGGGCGAUUUGGUGUUGGUCCACGACUACGAGCUCAUGCUCCUCCCCGCGAUGCUCCGGAGCCGCUUCCCGGAGAUUAGCUGCGGCUACUUCUGCAACUGCCCCUUCCCCUCGACGGAGUUCUACCGCAUGCUGCCCGCGCGCGAGGCGCUGCUCCGGGGCGCGCUCGGCGCGGACCUCGUGUCGUUCAACCACUUCGACUACGUGCGCCACUUCCUCAACGCGUGCAUGCGCGUGCUGGGCCUCGAGUCGCUGCCGAGUAGGCUCGAGUACAACGGCCGCCUCGUGACCGUGUCCAUCUGCCCCGCGGGCAUCGCGCCCGAGGCCUUUGAGGUCAACACGGACUCGGAGCUGUCCGUGGCCGUGCGGGGCCGCGCGGACCAGAUGCGCGCGGGGCCCUUCCGCCACCGGAAGGUGCUCCUGUCCCUCGACGCGCUCGACAUGUCCAAGGGGAUUCCUCAAAGGCUCCUCGCGUUGGAGGCGCUCUUGGAGUUCCGGCCCGAGUGGCGCGGCCGCGCGAUCCUCGUGCUGGCCGCGCGCGACCGGGGCCGCGUCGUCGACGCGCAGCUCCGCAAGGCCGUCGACGGUUUGGUGGGCCACGUCAACGGCCGCUUCGGCCGGGCGGACUACUGCCCCGUGCACUACCUCAAGCACACGCUCACGCGCGUCGAGAAGCUCGCGUUAUAUUCCCUCGCGGACGUGGCUUUAGUCGCGUCCGUGCGCGAGGGCAUCAACCUGAGCGCCAUGGAGUUCGUCGCCGUGCAGAACGCCUUCGCGGAGUGCGAGCGGCGCUACGACCCGGGCGUGCUCGUCUACUCGGAGUUCGCGGGCUGCGCGACGUCCUUCGAGGACGGCGCGCUCGUCGUCAACCCCCACGACACGGACGGCGUCGCCCAGUCGCUCCACGCGGCGCUGACGAUGACGUCGACGACGAAGCAGGUCCGGCACCACAAGCUGGCGCGCUACGUGAACACGUACACGGCGGAGCUCUGGAGCAACCGCCUCGUCAAGGAAUUAAGGCAGGCGCGGGAGAAGGCCGCGGCCUACGAGCAGCUGCUCCCCUUGGACGUCGCGCAGCUCCGGAGCUUCUACGAGCGGUCGCGGCGGCGGCUGCUCGUCUUCGAGUACGACGGCACGCUCGCGCCCCACGCGUCGCUGCCCCAGCUCGCGCAGCCCCCGCCCGCGCUCGCGGCGACGCUGGCCCAGCUCUGCGCGGACCCGCACAACACGGUCUACGUGCUGUCCGGGCGGUCGCCGAGCGAUUUGGACGAGUGGCUCGGGAGCUCGUGCCCGCGGCUCGGCCUCGUCGCGGAGAUGGGCUUCCGCCUGAAGCGGGCGCCGCGCUGCGCGUUGCCGUCCGACGUGAACCCGGGCGUCGACACGACCUGGGUCGUCGAGGUCGCGCCGAUCCUCGAGUCCUUCACGCGCCAGACGCCGGGCUCCUUCCUCGAGGCCAACGGGUCCUGCGUGACGUGGCACUACCGCGACGCGGACCCGGAUUUCGGAGACGCGCAGGCGAAGAACCUCAUCUUACAUCUCGAGGUCGUCGCGGAGAACCGGCCCGUCAAGUGCUCCAUGUCGGCGACGAAGCGGCAGAUCUCCCUCCAGCCCGCGCGCGUGUCCAAGGGCCGCGCGCUCCGGUCCGCCGUGGGCGUCGACAUGGACGCGUACGAUUUGGUCUUCGUCGUCGGCGGCGAGGCCGACGAGGACGUCUUCGAGCUCUUCGAGGGCUCGUCCCACUCCUUCACCGUUUCCGUGGGCCGCCACCUGAGCCGCGCGUCCUUCUUCCUCGACGACGAGGAGGUGCUGCCGACGCUACAGACGCUCGCCGCGGUUUCGAACCUGUCCAUCGCGCCGAACCCGGCGUCCUUCCUCACGUCGAACACGUCCUUCGCCACGGCGCCGGACUCGCCGGCCGCCCCGUAACACCGAGCGGCCUCUUAGAACGAACCCCCCCCCUCACCGCUUGCGGCGCCGGACCUGGUCGACGAUGUCCGCGAGGCGGCGCUCGUCGAGGACGCGGUUCACGAAGAGGCUGUCGUAGAGGGGCUGGUUCUGGAGGAGGUAGCGGAGCGUGUCCUCGUCGAGGCGCGUGAUGGCCUCGGGCAGGCCCGUCGCCGCGGCGUGGGCCUUGGGCGGCGGCGGCGGCUGGUGGUGGCGGUUGUCGAAGUCGCCCGGGUGCGGCCGCGCGUCGCCGCCGGAGUCCGGCGGCGCGUCGGACUCGGCCGCGGGGAUGCGCGCCGUCGCCGACGUGCGCCGCGUCGUCUUGUCCGGCGCGCCGAGGUCGUGGUCGUCGGGGUGGGGCGGCACGUCGCGCGGGUGGAGGUAGCGCGCCUCCAUGACGCGUUUGAGUCGUUGCGCCGUCGCGUCGCCGGCCGUCGACGCGUAGUCGAUGUCCGGAAUGCACUCCUUGGGCACCACCGAUAACGUCGGCCGCUUCCAGGGCCGCGCGG